GUCAAAAGUGUUCCAGGUGGGGAUAAAUGACACUUCUCUCUACUUCUAGUCCUUUUAGUUUGAGAGAAGGAGACGGGGGGAGGUAGAAGGAGGCGAGCAGGUGAGGGGCGUUCUCUCUAAUGGGUGCCGUACUCGACUUCCGGUGGCCCGAAGAAACUAAUUUCAAACCUACAGACCCGUGGGCGCACCUGCGAUUGCAUCUUUUCUGUUUUAACAAUUGUGCUGAUCGAAGUGGCUAAGUAAGUACGAGUGAAGUUGUGCACAUGUGAGUUAAGAGAGGAAAAUGAAAAUUCUUCUUCUUUUGGGAAUAGACUCAUUUUUGAACUUCUCUUGAUAAGACUGAGAAAUUAAGAGUACUUCCUGAAACCAUCAAAAAAAAAUGUCUGUGACACUGCAUACAGAUGUAGGUGAUAUUAAAAUAGAAGUCUUCUGUGAAAGGACACCUAAAACAUGUGAAAAUUUCUUGGCUCUUUGUGCCAGUAACUACUACAAUGGCUGUAUAUUUCAUAGAAAUAUCAAGGGUUUCAUGGUUCAAACAGGAGAUCCAACAGGGACUGGAAGAGGAGGUAACAGUAUCUGGGGCAAGAAAUUUGAGGAUGAAUACAGUGAAUAUCUUAAGCACAAUGUUAGAGGUGUUGUAUCCAUGGCUAAUAAUGGCCCAAACACCAAUGGAUCUCAGUUCUUCAUCACCUAUGGCAAGCAGCCACAUUUGGACAUGAAAUACACGGUAUUUGGGAAGGUAAUAGAUGGUCUGGAGACUCUAGAUGAACUGGAGAAGUUACCAGUAAAUGAGAAGACAUAUCGACCUCUUAAUGAUGUACACAUUAAGGACAUAACUAUUCACGCCAACCCAUUUGCUCAAUAGCUAUAAUAGACCUGGACAAAUAUUUGGCAAACUAUUCAAGCAACACACCCAUUGUGGUUUACCCAGUUUUAAUUAUGUCACAGAUUGCAUCAUCUUUCUGCUUGUUUACAACAAAGAUCUUCUAUGAGUGGGUCAUACCAAGGGGAGCCAAACAACUUUUACUCCCAUUCUUAGAGCAUAUGUUUUACUAUAACUAUUAUCCAAUGUAUUUCCUUAAGUUAAAAAAAAAAACCCUCCUGUUUAAUUUUUAUUACAUGUAAACAUUCAUUUUUAAAUGCUGAACCUCAAAUCCAGGCAUUUUUGAACACCUUAAUUACAUACUCCUACCAUAUCUAGUCCACAUCCUGGAAGUAUUAUUUUCCAUUAAUUAUUUACUUUCUGCAGGUGGAAAGAGGAAGGAAAAGAUAAAGAAAUGAUCUAGAAAGGCCAGCUACUCCAUUUGUUAUUUUCUCUGGUCUUUAGAUUUACAGUAAAGGCUGAGAGAAGUCCUGGAGUACAGUAAACACUCAACUUUCCAUGGAACAUUUUUGUAAAGCAUAUCUUUUAAAAUAUUGCAGGACAGAGUUCUAAAGAUGAUCCAUUUGAAAAAUGCAAGGAGUUGGUUAAGAGCAGAAGUUGUAGGGUCCUGGUCUGUGUUUGAAUUAUAGUUCUGCCCCCUACUAGUAACUUUAGACAAGUUAACAUCUCCAAGCUUUAUUUUUCUCAUCUAUAAAUAAUAUUCCCGGGGCCCGCCUGGUGGCACAGUGGUUAAGUUCGCAUGUUCCACUUCUCGGCAGCCCGGGGUUCGCUGGUUCGGAUCCCGGGUGUGGA